GAAGCUCAGUCGUUAGUGGGUACUGUCAGCCCGUUGUUAGAGCGAUGUGUUGCUACCUCUGCGGGCACGGCCGCCUUGGAGCUGGAGUUUAGCUCAAACGGGACAUCAAAAUGUAUUAAGAAGGCGUUCACAGCAAAGGAAAUUAGGAAUAUUAAGGUGUUCGCCUACCUGCCAGUAUUUAAUUUUUACAUCAUCCUGAAUGCAGGUCCAGGAGGUACACACCACAGCAUGUUAUUGUAAAGAGAAGACCUAUUAGGGCAGGAUGCAGUCUUCAAACCACCGACUGCGAGAUAUGGAGCAGCACCACCCGCUGCUGUCGGCAGGUGCAGAUGUCGAGACAGGGAGCCUGGCAGCCGGGGUGAUGGUCGGGGGUCCCCACGCGGGCCACACAGCGGGGAACCGCACACUGUGGUUCAUUCAGGACAGCUGUGGGAUGGUGUGUGCAGGCAUGACCUGGUUCCUGGUGCUGUACGCUGAAUUUGUGGUGAACUUUGUCAUGCUGCUUCCUGGCAAAAACUUCUGGUACUCGCUACUGAACGGGGCCACCUUCAACUCACUGGCUGUGCUUGCGUUGGCCUCACAUCUGCGCACCAUGUUGACUGACCCGGGUGCAGUUCCUAAGGGCAAUGCAACCAAGGAGUACAUGGAGAGCUUACAGCUGAAGCCUGGUGAGGUCAUCUACAAGUGCCCCAAGUGCUGCAGCAUCAAGCCUGAGAGGGCACACCACUGCAGUAUUUGUAAAAGAUGCAUCCGGAAGAUGGAUCACCACUGCCCUUGGGUCAAUAACUGCGUGGGAGAAAAGAAUCAGAGAUUCUUUGUACUGUUCACUAUGUACAUAGCCUUGAUCUCUGCCCAUGCCCUAGGCCUCAGUGGUAUGCACUUCUUCACCUGUAUUAAAGUCCAGUGGAACGAGUGCAGUGACUUCUCUCCAGGGGUGUCUGUGCUGUUGCUAAUCUUCCUCUGUCUUGAAGCCGUCCUCUUCCUCACUUUCACAGCUGUGAUGUUUGGUACGCAGAUCCACUCCAUCUGCAAUGACGAGACGAGGGGUUUGAAUAUCUUGCAGGAGAUUGAGCGUCUUAAAAAUGAGAAGCCCACAUGGGAGCGUCGCAUGAGAUGGGACGGAAUGAAAGCUGUGUUUGGGGGUCCGCCCUCCCUGCUGUGGUGCAAUCCAUUCACUGGCCUGCGUCUGCGGCGCCUGUUGCUGUUGACCCACGGUCGCCGUGGUGGAUCGGAGUUUUCUGUCUGAGAGCAGGACAGACUGAUGCAGCUUGCCAGCACUCGACGUUUCUAAAGCAAGAUUUCUUGUAUGCCGGGGCUAAGAUGGACCUCUGCUCCCUGAGGCUGUCCUUUGUGUGUGGGUGACAAGGACAGCUGCAGUCUCCUCCAGCGGGACCCCACUGCAUCACAACCACCACUGAAAGUUUGUAUUCUCUCUUUCUCACAUGCUGAUGUAGACCCAAUACCUUUGGCCUGCACGAGUAUGCUGAACAACUGGAAUAUUGUUUUUAACAUGAGCAGCGUUUUGGUUUGUUUGUGUGUUUUUACGUAAAGCAUGCAGUAUGUAACUCAAGUGAGUCUUUUAAUCCCUGCGAGACCGCCCGAGGUGCUGUUUGAACUCAACACCUGCACCUUCAAUGCACAACUUCAGCAUUUUGUUUUCUUUGCUGCGCACAUGAGAUUCAAGAUUAGCGUUUUAAUUUUUUGAAGAGGGAUCGGCAACACGGAAAUGCUUGAAUCUGCUACUACUGGACCGAGACAAGGGGAUCACAGUCAAUGACGUGCAGUACUUACAUUUCACUUGAGAAAAGGUCUGGAAAAGGAGCACAGUGGACAUCAAACAUGGAACUGUGCUGCCUUGAUUUGCAUCUAACAGCUCAAACAAUCAGCAUAUCAGCCAGGAAAUGAGGCACCAUCACUAUUUGUUCAAAUGGAUGAACAGGCUACUGUGAACACAAGCCUCAUUUUAAUUCCAGAGGACUGAGUGGCUUUUGCUUCAUGCCCUUUGUCACGUUUUUCCUUCCUUGGGCUGAAACGGUUCCUCUGGCCAGUAGAAAUGAUUUAUUCUUUUUUUUUUUUAAACUGCUGAAGCUUCUUUAACUUUGGUCACAGUGACCACUCCUCAACAGUUGACCACGAUGACUCACUGGAGAUGACUACUGUUAUUGUAUUAGUUGUAUGUAUGUGUCCAUGAGUUUGCCAUUCCACCACUCCUACAUGCUGCUCCACAUCUCAUUCUCCACAAACUAUCAGUGACACCCCCCCCCCCCCCCCCCCCCCCCCCCCCCAGACCAUUGAUAUGCCACACUGUGUUCUCAUAACAGAGUGAUUCAGGUUGAAGGAAGGUUUGGCUACUAAAAAGAUUGUUUUACUCGUACACAUUUUCUUUUCUUAAUGUGGAAUCCAUAUACAAGGGCAGUUGGAUAAGACUUCAUAGCAUUUAAACUCUUUAAAAAAAACAACCUUACAAACCCAGAGACCUAGCCAAGUCUCAGACGUGGUGGCUUGUUAAUGUGGAAUCCAUAUACAAGGGCAGUUGGAUAAGACUUCAUAGCAUUUAAACUCUUUAAAAAAAAACAACCUUACAAACCCAGAGACCGAGCCAAGUCUCAGACGUGGUGGCUUUGCAUGCUCCCUGGCCACCGUGUGGUGCCACAUUUUGAAAAGGAGAACUUAAAACAGUAGCACAACCUCCUUUGGCUUGUUGUGAGCUCAUUCCCACCAAGAGAGCCAAGCUCCAUUGUGCUGUCAGCCUGUAGAAUUAAAAAUGCUGAGGAACGAGGCCCUUUAUACAAGCUUCAAUAAUAAGUGUCAGGGAGCUCAGCAGAUGCUUCUGAUGGUAGCAUCUAGUGGCAGGACUUUCCCAGUGUUAUAGGAGCACGUAUAUGCCAUGCCUUUAAAAAUCAUUCAGUAAAGUGAUUUUGUCAUUAUUGUGUAGUUAUGAAAAAUUUUGUGACAACUUGUUUCCUGUUUUUACUCAUAAUCAAUGGGCCUGUUUGCACUGGAUGAGUGUGACCUUUUGAAUCUAGAGUUGAGGAUUUAAAGUCAAGUCCUGGCUGAUAGGCUGGUAUUCAGAGUAGUGUCAUUUUUAAAUCUCCAAGUCUCCUCGCAUAGCGGACAAUAUACUGCUGUUUGUUCUCAUCUGUGGUUUUCAGGAGAAGGAACUAUAUCUCCACUGUUUACACUAAAUUAUAUCUGAUGUGCUAUGGCUAUAAAGAAACAUGCUGGCAUUAGAAUGUAAAUCUAACCUAUUUUGGGACUAAGGGAAACAGCACUGAAAGCUAACUGAUAUCAGGGGAUUUUAUUAAUGCUGGCCUCUCGUUUCUCAUUUUAUUCUGCUUGACUGCAUCACGUCAGCAACAGAUUUCUGAUUAUGUUGUGAGAAUAUCACCUUCUUACAAACAAUGUCAAACUUUCUCAUUCAGCAUGGUGCAUUCGGCAAGUCAUUUAUCCUAACGUGCUCAGUGUGCUUUUUAAUUUAAGUGGUGCACGAUGAAAUGCGGUUGAGCCAAACACACGGCGUGUCCAAUAAAAUCAUAUUCAAUCUGUCUUUCAUUUAUGUGUGCAUAAUACAUAUCAGACGACUACGGUAAAAAUCCAUGCUGUUUAGUUUGGCAGAUGCACAAAAAUGUUGCUGAUCAAGCAACAGCUGUUAUUAAAAAUAGUUGCAGGUAUUGGUUGCAAAAUUACAUCCAGAGCGAAUGCAAGGCCUUGAAUCUUAUAAACACAGAAGGUCAUUAGAAUAGAAGUAAAUAUCUGAAGCAGAACUUGUGGUAACAGUGGCAGCACUAAUACACUGCUAAACCUUUAAUUGUAUUUGUAGGACGUAGCAGACCAUCAGAGCUAAUUAUGGAUUGACAGAGAUUGCUUUGAUGUAAGUAUUUAAUGUUGACUGGUAUAAUUAGGGCAAUAAUAUGGGCUUGGUUGAUGUAAACAAGAUAAUCCUGUUUCAUGACCAAACUCAGAUGUUGUAAUCAUAACAUCUGAAAUUGGGAUGCUGUUACAGGGUAUGUAGUUUAACAUUCAUGCUCAGCAAUAGAAACAAUGAAUGACAAUUUUUAAAGGGUUAUACCGCUAAUUGUAUUUUCUCCUCCUUCUGCUGAAUGAUUCAAAAACGUACCAUUGCCAUUGGGAGAGGAUUGUUUGACAAUUUGCAAAAUCGCAUACACCUAUACACUAAGGUAUUUCUCAGAUUUACACAGAAAAUGUGUGAUAAAGAACAUUGACGGGUGUUUGAUGACAGUUACCAUUAACAUUGCUAUGAACAGCUGAGAAAGGUUUUAUUUCCUACUCUGCUGAGAGAUUGUUUCCUCAAGAACAAAUGUCCUUCAGCUUUAUAAACAAAGUAUAAAGGUUACUAUUAACAAUAUAUACAUGGAAUGUUUUAUUCAAUUUUUUUUUAUUAAUGUGUCAUAAUCUUAUAAUGUCAUAUCUUUAAUGUCAUUCGUUUACAUAAUAAACUUGAUUAAAUUAAAGCUAUAAAUUGUGA